CUGUUACAUAUCGUCACGACCCACAGUAUAAAAGCGUGAUUGCACCCUAGAAAUCAUGCAGAGACAAAUUACUUUCCUCCCAAUCGCCAUGAGGGUUCUAAUCUUGUCCGGUUUUCUUCUAAUUGCUCUGACACAUGUCUGUAUCGCUGCUGGGAUCGUCAGAGGUCCUGGAGGUCCCGGAGGUGAACCUCCAGUAUUUGACUGCAGUGGUAAAGUUGGGUACUUUGCAGACCUCUGGAAAAACUGUGAGGUGUAUUAUUACUGCCGAGAAGAUGGAACUAAAUUAACGUUUAGCUGCCCCAAUCAAACUUAUCAAACGUAUUUUGAUGAAGCAGCGCAAAAUUGCGUUCAGCAUUACAAAUGCCCGGACCCAGAGCCUAUUCCCCCUACGUUUUAAUUUUGUAAUCAAGCUUUCAGAACUAAAAAAUACAAUACAUAGAUCUUCUUUUA